UAUUCGCGUCACUGUCAAUUUCUGACAUAGUCAAAACACCGAAAAUGUCCUUGUACGCAUUAAAAACUUCGCUCGCUUUGCCGGCAUUGUCCAACACUAGAACAAUUUACAACCGUUGCAGGAUCGGAAACCGGGAUUGGGUGGGAUUUGGAGUCAAUGGCAUGGCAAAUUACAAGGACGAUGCUCAUUAUCCAUUUCCUGCUGUAAGGUUUAAGGAGAACACUAGGGAUAUAUGUGCUCUUAGAGAGAAAGAGAAAGGCGACUGGAAACUCCUGUGCUGCGAGGAGAAGAAGGCGCUAUACCGAGCCUCGUUCUGCCAGACGUUCGCCGAGUUCCAACACCCCACGGGCCAGUGGAAGUUUAUCCUGGGGUUCGUGCUAAUUGGCGUCUCCUUCUCCUUCUGGGCCAUUAUGUUCAACCAUUAUUACGUAUGGGACCCUCUCCCUCCUUCGUUGUCGAAAGAGUCGCAGAAGGCGCAGUUGCGAAGGAUACUUGAGCUACGAGUGAACCCUAUAGACGGCAUAUCGUCUAAGUGGGACUAUGAUUACGACCGGUGGAAGUAAUUACACGUACAGAAGAAUAUUGAAGUCACAAUGAAAACAUUACACGUCCAGGCCCAUUUCUAAUAGUUACGGAUUUACUUAUACAUAUUACAUCGAGCGAAGAAGCGCUCUUAUUUAUUAUUUUAUUUCAUUAAAGUAUUAUUUUUUUA